UCUACAAUCACUCUUCUACACUACUACACUCUUACACUAAGUCUUUCUUCACUGUCUAUACUCCUUCAAUACUCUACAAAGAUCACACAAUGUCUUUCGAUUCAACCGAGGAGAAAACCAGAGGGUUCUCGCACCCGAUUUACUCAUCUCAUAAAUUUAGAAUGUCGCAGCAACAGCAGCACUAUCCUAGUCACAAUGCACCAGUACCACCUCCAUAUCCGGGACAAUUUCAGCCGAUGCCACCAAACCCGCAAUAUGGAUACCCUCCUCAGCCGUAUGCCAGUCAUCCCCAACCAAUGAUGGGCAACCCCCAGUACCCUCCUCAGCCGCAUCACACCCAAAAUUCAAUGCGCUCCCUGAAAAUUGAGUUCUCCAGUUGGACAUCAAGACAUCUAGCCAUCAAUGAUGUCGGGCAAGGCUCGUUGCUCUAUACGGUCGACCUGCACAACCGAAACCCACAGAUGGAAUUCAAGGAUGCCACAACGAACAAUACCAUCGCCACGGUGCAUAUGCGGGCUUUGAAACCAGAAAUGGAUAUCAAGCUCCACGGUCGUGACAUUCAUCUUCGCGUUCACCGCUCCAUGAAACCCGAAACAUCGUAUCACUCGAUCGCGUUCCCCACCAUGUCUUUUACAUGGAAGGUGACUAGCGCAUGGAAGUUCCUCAGUUUUGAAUGUGUGGACCAGAACAACGUGACCGUGGCCAGGUUCAAGCCGGCUUCCUCUUGCUCCAUGCGGAAGUUUGGUCAAUUGGAUAUACUGAUCCCGCCGGCUACCAGCGGAGUCGCUAUGGAUGAACUGAUGCUCACGGGCGUGUCCUUUAUGUAUUACGAAUACUUGAGUCAUACGCGGAACACCACUGCCGCUGUCACUGUUUAAGCUAUGAUCCUCUACAAUCGACGGAACUUGCGGUGUUGUGGUGAUAUUCUUUUUCUUUAUAUUGGCGUGUUUAUUAUCUUUUCCUCUUUCUUUCUAGCGCCGCAUUUCUUUUCUACCGAAACCCUCUCUCUCUCUUCCGUUCUUCUGCUUUUCAUCAUUUAUUCUUGGGUCUGGACAAAUUGGCGAACAAAUUGUAUUGCAUGUUGGGAAUUAUGAUUGGAACAAAAUACCCUGGUUCAUGUAUCAAGAACUUCAGCAUGAUUUAAACGGAGACCAAUUGAAUGCAAAAUUUAAGACUGAAAAAAACACCUCAACUUGGCUUGUUCUUGUUAUUUGCCCCGUGGACGGUACUAUUGGCUAACGGUCAAGCGAUUGGUGAUCCUAAAA